UGGAAAGAAGUCAGACAGGUCGGACGGAUCUCCGCACAAUCAAGGCUCCUAACCGGAUCUGCGCUCACAGACAUCGCCUUCCUCUGGAUUUAACUCUUAUCUCUAGUGGGAACCGGUGGUUUUCCGGGAUAUAAAGUGCAGGUAUGGUGCGCCGAACCGCGGCAUGAAAGGUAAUGAAGUUCAGACCGGGGAAAGGUGCGCUGUGUGUGACUCGGAAAUAGCGGAGGACGAGGAAGUGAAGUCAUGGACGGAUCGUGGACUUCUAAGUUACAGACUCGAAGCUUUUUAACCUUCUUAAUUGCGCGGAAUUGCGCGAAGCCGCUGGCUCUGUGGCGCACCGGACUGCUGCUCGGCUCCCUGUGUCUGUGCGCCUCUGCGGAGGAGGACUGUGUUCUUGGCAUCGUGGGUCGGCCUGUGGCGCUGCCCUGCUUUUACCCCGAGCUCCUCAAGUCUGAGAACGUUUCCAUUGAGUGGCGGAGGGACGGUGAAGUGGUGCUCAGGUCAGUGUGGCAAGGUGACAAGCACGAGCAGAUGUGGGGAUUCUCUGUGGCCACACUGGCUCAUGAUGCUGCCAGCACAGGAAACUUCUCUUUGGAGCUGCCCAAGGUGGACCCCCAGGAGGACAGGACCAAUUACAGUCUUUUCAUCAUUUCAGAGGAGAGUCAGAGUGCACCUCUGUGCACCGUGUGCCUCCGGAUCGCAGCUAGUUUUAGUUUUCCACAGCUGAAGAGAACAGAUGGAGAGGCGGGCGAUAAGACGGCCUUCCUGUGUCAGUCCAGUGGUGGAUAUCCCAAACCAACAGUUUCCUGGCUCAUCAACAACACCGAGGAGCCUCCUGAAGGUGCGGUGAGGACCCUGGCGGUGACGCUCGACUCCCUCCUCUAUAACAUCACCAGCUACCUGAUGGUCAACAUCUCCAAAGACGCCAGCGUGUCCUGCAUCAUUAAGAACCCGUUUAUGAACGAAACCUUGAUGUCCACAAGCUAUGGAGUGAAUUAUGGACCCACUGUCAGUCGAGCGUCCGAGGCCAUGUGGAUGUUCAGCACGGGACUCUGCGUCGUCGUUGGGGCCAUGGUGAUUGCUGGGGUGGCCUAUCAGAUCCACCUGGACAGAAUAAGUAAGAGGAAGAAAAAGGAGUUCCAGGCAACGCAGAGAGGGUACAAGCGACGGCGGCGACAGCACUACAAGGAAGAAACGGAGGUGAUGAAGCCGGCGUCGAAGGAGACAAACGUCUAAUAAUCUC